GAAGUAUGUGAACGAUGUGACACCAGAGGUAGUGGAGGGUGAGGAUGAUUUGGAAGGUUGGAACAGUUGGAACUUGGAACUAUUUGUCAGUGCAUUGGACUGCAUUGAACACAUGUGCUGGUUCCCAUUGAUACUCUUUUCCCAAGCUGUGAUGACAAUUAACAACAAGUAGGUUUCUCACCGAAAAAAAAACGAGACAUUCACUCCUGCGUCUCGCGUGCACGAGAAAGAUGUACGACAUAUGCCAUCCCAGCUAUUAUCAUCUGUGCAAACUUGGCUGUAAUGACGCGAUAAAAACGAGCACCGCCUUUUAUGUCUACAUUGAAAUAUGCGAAGUGAAGCGAUACUGGGAUGUCAAAUACAAGUAUAACGAAGAACUUGACGUGAUCUAUUUCGAAGUGAAGAAAAGGGAGAAUUCUCAGGCAGAGAUCUAUGUGCCUUGGCCAACGAAAUACAACAUCUGCUUGGACAAGAUUGAGAAAAUGCAACAAUUAUUGCAAAAUAAACGAUUAACAUUCGUAUUUAAAUCGGAAGAUAGCAGCAGUGUUUUCUAUACAGUGACCACUGGCCUCUCAAAACCAGCUACACCAGAAACGAGUAAACAACAAAAAGAAAAAGCUGAAAAGAUAUUUAACUUGGAAAGUGAAAUUCGAAGGAAUACAUCAAAUUUAUGUGAAUUAGCAAAGACUUUAAGUUCUACUCACGAAACUAGCGAACAAAUUGAUUUAAAUACUACAAACUCUUUGAAUAUUGAACAUUCUAGUGUGGAGAUAUUAUGAUACUUUUCUUUUACUUAAUUUAUAAUUUUGAUCUCAUCUAUGUCUGUUGUCUGUAUAUUGGUAUUUAUCUUUUUUUAUUACACACCUUACAACUUAUGUAUCAAACACAUAACAGUUAAACACGUAAAAAGUACUGACACGUUGGAAAUAAACCUUCUAAUAUGAA